AUGCCGCGGCUCCCGGUGAAGAAGCUCCGCAAGCAGCUGAAGCUGCUGCUGCUGCUGGCGCUGCUCACCUCGGCCGCCUGGUUCACCUACCUGCACAUCAGCCUGGUGCGCCAGGGCCGCGCCCUGCGCCUCCCCUUCGCCUACGGCAGAGAUGGCGAGAGGCCGGGGGAGGUGACGGAUCCUGGCAGGAGGCCGGCGGCAGCCCCGGUGCGGCGCAGGAAAGCCGAGGAUUCCAGCGAGAGCCGCGAGGAGGAUCCGAUGAACGACGGGCAGGAUGUGGAUGGCUGGUUUUCCAGAGGCCAACGUUCCGACCGAGCCACCACCCACCCCAAACUCAACCUGACCAAGCAAGCUUUGCCCUGGAACGAGCAGUACAAGGGGAAGGCAAACUUGCACGUCUUCGAGGACUGGUGCGGUGGGGCCGUGAGGCACCUGAGGAAGAACCUCCAUUUCCCGCUCUUUCCCCACACCCGCACCACGGUGAAGAAGCUGGCGGUGUCACCCAAGUGGAAGAACUACGGGCUGAGGAUUUUUGGCUACAUCCACCCCUUCAAGGAUGGGGAUUUCCAGUUUUCUGUGGCAUCGGAUGACAACUCGGAGUUCUGGCUCAGCUCUGACGACAGUCCCUCCAAUUCCCGGCUGGCUGCAUUCGUGGGCAAGCUUGGCACCGAGUGGACGGCGCCGGGAGAGUUCACCAAAUUCAGCUCCCAAGUCUCCAAGCCCCUGCGCCUCAUGUCCUCCCGGCGCUACUACUUUGAGCUGCUCCACAAGCAGGACGACCGGGGCUCGGACCACGUGGAAGUUGGGUGGCGAGUUUUCCUCCCCAGCUUGAAGUUUGAGGUGAUCGACUCCUCCUACAUCUCUCUGUACACAGAUGAGUCCUCCCUGAAGAUGAACCAUGUGGAGCACAUCCCGCAGACCUUGGCCAGCCACAGCGGGAGCCACCUCUGGGAGGCCCAGCAGGACGAGCACGGGGCCGACAUGCUCAAGUCUGACCCCAGGGACACCUUCUUCCUCACCCCUGCCAUUGAGGCCUCCCGUGUGGAGAACGUGCUGGUGCCCUGUGCCUACAGCCCCACCUACGUGGUGAAGGAUUUCCCCAUCGCCCGCUACCAGGGCCUGCAGUUCGUCUACCUCUCGUUCGUGUACCCCAACGACUACACACGCCUCACUCACAUGGAGACAGAGAACAAGUGCUUCUACAGGGAAUCCCCCCUCUACCUGGAAAAGUUUGGGUUCUAUAAGUACAUGAAGAUGGAUGAGGAGGAGGAGGAUCCGCGGCACCGAGCGUUUCUCUUCCUCAGCCCCGACAAUUUCCUCGAGGAUGAUGAGGAGGAAGGAGUGGACAGCCCUGAGCCCACAGACCCCCCUCCUGAGGCCAAGGAGCAGAGCUUUGGGCCGGCACCCGGAGCCAAAGGGAAGGAUCCCCUGCCGGUCACUGGGGAUUACGGAGACGACCUGGACUACUACAGCUUCCGACGGAAGCGGGGCCGGGCACGGGCCGAAGUGGGCACCCCUGGGCAGCUGGGGAUGUGGAGCACCUCCAGCCCACCGGUGUCCCUCCAGGAUCCCCGUGGCCAGGAGGAUGCCACGCCGGAACAGGGCCCGGGACGGGCGCUCCGUUGGCUGCCCCAGGAGCCCGGCGGGGACGAGGAGGACGAGCUGGGGCUGCCGGCGUCUCCAAAGCAUGGCGGGGCCCUGAGCCUCCAGCCCCACCUCUCCAUGCCUAUCUUUGGUGGCAAAGCCAAAACACCGGGUCCCAGCAGGCCGGCGGCUCCCAGUGAGGACAAGAAGCCCCGGAAAACCCAGGAGAAGGUCUAUGUGACCCGGCUGCAGCCCGGGAAGCGCAAAGCCCCCGCCCAGGAGCCAGCCUUCCCCGGCAUCUUCCUGCACCCAAAGCCUCUGAAGAGAGUCCACCUCCGCUCCAGGACCCCUCAGAAGCAUCCCAUUCCCCUCGGCAAGCUCCGAGCCAUCCCCGGCCGACGGAGCCCCUGGCUCCUGAGCAACAUCUCCAAGGAGAGGGACCCUGCCAGGCGGAAAGGUAGCAGGAGGUGGGAUCGGCCGCCCAAGCAGCGGGCACUGCCCGGCCUCCUCGCCCUGGGGACUGAGGGGCUCUUCAGCAGGGAGACCCACGAAGACACAACCCCUGCCCCGGGCAGGACAGCCCCCACCGCCGAUUACAACUCCUCCGAGGCCGCGCGCUCCGAGGGGACGCGGGUGACAUCCUUCCUGAAGAUGUCGGAAACAACGGCGUCGCAGCAGGAGGAGGGAAAGGGCCAGGAGGAGGAGGAGGAGGAGGAGGAAGAGGUGUCUGACUACUCCUACGAGGUGGGGGAGCUGCAGCAGGGCUGGCUGGAGGACUCCAUCAACUGGCAGCGGACGUUCAGCGUCAGCUCCGUGGACUUCGAGCUGCUGCGCUCCGACUGGAACGACCUGCGCUGCAACGUGUCGGGCAACCUGCAGCUGAGCGAGAGCGAGGUGGUGGACGUGGUGGCCCAGUACAUGGAGAGGCUCAACGAGAAGAACGGAGGCAUCUACACCCUCCUGAGGAUCAUCAACGUGGAGAAGCGCCGGGAUACAGCCCGGGGCAACCGGUACCUGCUGGAGCUGGAGCUGUCGGAGCGGGGCCAGCGCACGGUGCGGCUCUCCGAGUACGUCUACGUCCUCCUGCACCAGGGCAAGCAGGACGACAGCGCCGAGGCCAACCCCGACGGGCUGGCCCUGGGGGCCACCGAGCCCCAGCCCAGUGCCUGGAGCAUCCUCUAUGGAAAACCCGUCCUGUGCCGGCCCCUGCGGCUCAGCUGGAGGCAGGACGUCAUGGUGCACUUCGUGGUGCCGGUGAAGAACCAAGCCCGGUGGGUCCAGCAGUUCAUCUCGGACAUGGCCGGCCUCUACGGGGCUACGAGGGACGCCAACUUCAACGUCAUCCUGGUGGACUUCGACAGCGAGGACAUGGAUGUGGAGAAGGCCCUGCAGGACGCCCGGCUGCCCCGGUUCCAGUACCUGCGGCGCACUGGGAAUUUCGAGCGCUCAGCUGGGCUCCAGGCCGGUGUGGACAUGGUGGAGGACGAGCACAGCAUCGUGUUCCUCUGUGACCUGCACAUCCAUUUCCCACCCAACAUCCUGGACAGCAUCCGGAAGCACUGCGUGGAAGGGAAGCUGGCCUAUGCGCCCAUCGUCAUGAGGCUGAGCUGUGGCAGCUCCCCCCGGGAGCCCAACGGCUACUGGGAGGUGAACGGUUUUGGCCUCUUCGGCAUCUACAAGUCGGACUUUGACCGCGUGGGAGGGAUGAACACGGAGGAGUUCCGGGACCGCUGGGGCGGGGAGGACUGGGAGCUCCUGGACAGGGUGCUCCAGAGUGGGCUGGAGGUGGAGCGCUUGCGCCUCAGGAACUUUUACCACUACUACCACUCCAAGCGCGGCAUGUGGAACGCCCGCAGCAAGAAGCCCUCCAAGGAAUAGCCCCCGAGCCCGGCCCGUAGCCAAAAAACCCCGGUGCCCCCCUGCCCCCGACUGCCACACCCCGGUGCUGGCAGGAGGGCACCCCAGCACCCACUGCAGUUAUCCUGGGGAAGGGGGAGCGGGGAGGGCCGAGGUGGGUGGUGUUUGUUUUCUUAAGGGUCUAAUUUCUUAGUCAGCAACGAAUUUAUUAACUCCUUUGUGCUGGGACAGCGGGUCUCGGGGGGCUGGGCCGGGUUCCAAGGGGCUGUGCUGGGUCCUGGGAGGCUGUGCCAGGCUGGGGAUGAUGGAAGUGGAAUAGUGGCACCCAGGGUCCCCACUGGAGCUCACUUUGCAGCCCCUUUCCUGUUGUUGUCCCUCUCAAAAUACCAAGUACCUCAUCCCUAUGUCAGGCUGGGGAGCUGAGCCUUGGGGGAGCUGCCGGUACCCACAGGUAUGAGGGGGCUCUGAACCCACUGGGGCUGCCCUAAUGCUCCUGCUCCCCUUCCAGGACCUGUGGAACCCCUGUGGAGGGAAGGAGGGUCUGGCUGUGCCCUGCAUUUGGGGACACGAUGUGGGUGGGGGGCAGAGCCCCAGGGGAGGCUGGGCUGGGGUGGGGAUAGGGCAGAGCCUGCAGCAGGUACGGGCAGAUGACGUUUCCAAGCUAAUUUCUGUGAAAUUAUAAGGUAGGAAGCUGUUUUCAGGAAGUUUUGUCUGUUUGGGUUUGGUUUUUUUUUAUUCUUAAAAAAAUAAAAUCAAUGUCUUG